AUGGAUUACAGCAGCGAAGAUGAUUUUGAUAAUUAUAUCCAGGAGAGAAUAAACGUACAAAGAAGGAUUAGCACAAGAAAAGUGAUACGUGACUUUCAAAAUCCUUUUGAUUAUUACAGUGCCAAUGAAUUUAAAAGUCGCUAUAGGUUUUCCAAAGAUAUUGUAUUAAAUAUACUUCUGCCUCUAAUUAAUGCUGAUCUUUUGAAAGUUACCAGUAGAGGCCUUCCAGUGCCUCCUAUUUACCAGUUACUAGUGGCGUUAAGAUUUUAUUCAUCUGGGAGUUUCCAGAUUAUUACCGGAGAUCUCAUUAAAGUAAGCCAACCAACUGUCUCAAGGAUAGUUAAAAGAGUUUCAUAUCUGUUUUGUCUAAAGAUGCAGCGAUUUGUGAAGUUUUCUAGCAAUCUGGAGACAAUCAAGGAACAAUUUUACAGCAUAGGAAGCUUUCCUGGUAUCAUUGGUGCCAUUGAUGGAACUCAUAUACCAAUUCAAAAUCCUGGUGGUUCUUAUGCAGAAGUAUUCAGGAACCGUAAAAAAUAUUUUUCAAUAAAUGUACAAAUUGUAUGUGGGCCUGACCUACAAAUAUAUGACAUUGUCGCUGAUCGACCUGGUUCAGUACAUGACAACCGAAUUUUCCAAGCUUCCACGUUAAAAAGAAAGAUGGAACAAGGUAUCAUUGAUGGUAUACUUUUGGGAGAUAGUGGAUAUGGUUGUCAAAAAUAUUUACUGACACCAGUUCUACAACCAGAAACAGUUUCAGAAGAAAAUUAUAAUAAGGCACAUAUAAAAACAAGAAACACUGUGGAAAGAACAAUAGGUGUCUGGAAGAGAAUUUUUCCUUGCUUAUCAAAAAAGUUGGCAACAAAUCUGACAACAACAUGCCAUAUUAUUGUAGCAACUUCAGUUUUAUACAAUAUUUGUAGAUCUCAUGGCAUUGUUGAAGAAAUAGAUGAUAUUGGUUAUACAACAACUACUCGACAAAACAUUAGAAAUACACAAGCAUACAACAGGGAAGGACUGUUAUUUAGGAGAUUAUUUAUAACCCGCCAUUUUUAA